UCUACGUAAACUCCAAGAGUUUAUUUUUUUUUAACAUUUCUAUUGUAAUGUCAAUUAAUUCAAAUUGCUUUCAAAUCAUUUUCACAACCCUUGUUUAAACCCCAAAAAAAACGAAGAAAAAAGAAACUUAUGUGUGUCUGUGUGUGCAUGUGCGUAAAAUAAUUAAAAAAUAAAUGGAUGUAAAAAUUAAAUUGGAAAAGGGUAAAAAUAAUGGUGAAACAAAUGAUUUAUCUGAGGUGAAAAAUAGCAAUAGUGUCGCCGCACAAAGUGGUAACAACAUGGUUGUAUCAGGAGGACCACCACCACCUCCAACAGCAAUCAAUAAAACUGCUAAACUGGGUCCAGGUGCUGUUCAAGGACCCAUUAUUAAAAAGGAUAAGCGUCAAUCGAGUUCACGUUUUAAUAUUACAAAAAAUCGUGAAUUAGAACCAUUGCCUCUAAUUAAAGAUGCACCGCCUGGAGAACGUGAAGCCUUGUUUGUACAAAAAUUGCAACAAUGUUGUGUUUUAUUUGAUUUUGUAUCAGAUCCUUUAUCUGAUUUAAAAUGGAAGGAAGUGAAACGUGCUGCCCUUAAUGAAAUGGUUGAAUAUAUUUCAUCUCAAUCGCCGAUUACUGAUGCUAUAUAUCCAGAGGCUGUUCAUAUGUUUUCAGUCAAUUUAUUUCGUACAUUACCGCCCUCAUCAAAUCCAAAUGGUGCUGAAUUUGAUCCCGAAGAAGAUGAACCGACAUUAGAAGCGGCAUGGCCUCAUUUACAAUUGGUUUAUGAAUUAUUUUUACGUUUACUUGAAGCACGUGAUUUUCAAGCUAGUGUUGCUAAAAAGUAUAUUGAUCAUAAAUUUGUGCUUAAUCUUUUAGAAUUAUUUGAUUCAGAAGAUCCUAGAGAACGUGAUUUUUUAAAAACAACAUUGCAUAGAAUUUAUGGAAAAUUUUUAGGAUUACGGGCUUAUAUUCGAAAACAAAUAAAUAAUGUAUUUUAUAGAUUUAUAUAUGAAACAGAACAUCAUAAUGGUAUCGCUGAAUUAUUAGAGAUCCUAGGUAGCAUCAUCAAUGGUUUCGCGUUGCCUUUAAAAGAUGAACAUAAAUUAUUUUUAUUACGUGUACUAUUACCAUUACAUAAAGCUAAAUCCUUGUCCGUUUAUCAUCCUCAACUCGCGUAUUGUGUGGUACAAUUCUUAGAGAAGGAUCCAUCAUUGACUCAACCAGUUAUACAAUCGUUAUUAAAAUAUUGGCCAAAAACACACAGUCCUAAAGAAGUGAUGUUCUUGAAUGAAUUGGAAGAGAUAUUGGAUGUUAUUGAACCAGCUGAAUUUCAAAAAGUUAUGGAACCAUUAUUUAGACAAUUAUCAAAAUGUGUUAGCAGUCCACAUUUUCAGGUUGCUGAACGGGCUUUAUAUUAUUGGAAUAAUGAAUAUGUGAUGUCAUUAAUAUCAGAUAAUGUGACAAUAAUUUUACCAAUAAUGUUCCCAUCAUUGUAUCGGAAUAGUAAAUCACAUUGGAAUAAAACAAUCCAUGGAUUAAUUUACAAUGCACUCAAAAUAUUUAUGGAAAUGAAUCAACGUUUGUUUGAUGAAUGUACUCAACAAUAUAAAGCUGAGAAACAAAAAGAGAGAGAAAGACAACUACAACGUGAUGAACAUUGGCAACGUGUUGAAUCAUUGGCACAACGUGUUGUUGGAAGUGAUAAUAGUGGAGGGGAUGAUAGUACAUUUAUGAAUAAUUCAAUAAAUACAUCAAAAGAUGAUCAUUAUAAUAAUCAAUCAGGUGCUGAGAGUCCUGGAGACGAUGAAGCAGAUGAUGAAGUCCUAUCAUAUGAGAAAUUAGAAGAAGAAGCCAAAGAGGUGCGAAAAACACGAAAUAAAACAAAACCGUUGCUACGCCGUAAAUCAGAUUUACCACAAGAUGGCUACACAACACGUGCUUUAAAUGAUCAUAAACGUGCUGAUGAAUUUCUUACAACACCACCUGAUGUCAACAAAUGCUAGUCUACCCCCCCACCCCUCACUACUACUACAAACCAACAACUAUACAAACUCUUUACCAAUUUAUUCGUCAAGUCUCUUCAAAUUUUAUCAACAAACCAAAAUAAUUUUGAUUUGAUUUUUGAUUAUUAUUGUUGUUAUCAAUAGAAGGCAAGAAGGCAGUCUUUAUAGUACUGUUUUAUCUUGAACACCCUGUAACACAUGCAAGUCAAUUGUCAUAUUUAAAAUUGUAAACACACAAACACACUUGGUCAAAGAUGUGAAACUACAAAAUUCUCUCGAAACCACAACCAACGCAAAAAACC